AUGGAUGAGGCCUAUGUCGCCGUCCUCUCCGUCGCCUUCCUCUUCUUGCUCCACUACCUCGUGGCCCGCGCCGGCGCCGGCGGCAAGGGCAAGGGCUCGCAGCAGCUUCCGCCGAGCCCUCCGGCCAUCCCGUUCCUCGGCCACCUCCACCUUGUCAAGACUCCGUUCCACGCGGCGCUGACCCGCCUCGCGGCGCGCCAUGGCCCUGUGUUCUCCAUGCGCAUGGGGUCCGGCCGCGCCGUGGUCGUGUCCUCGCCGGAGUGCGCCAAGGAGUGCUUCACGGAGCACGACGUGAACUUCACCAACCGCCCGAUGUUCCCAUCGAUGCGGCUCGUGUCCCUCGACGGCGCCAUGCUCUCCGUGUCCAGCUACGGCCCGUACUGGGGCAACCUCCGCCGUGUCGCCACCAUCCAGCUCCUCUCCGCGCACCGCGUCGCGUGCAUGACCCCCGCCAUCUCCGCGGAGGUGCGCGGCAUGGUGCGGAGGAUGGAGCACGCCGACGCGGCCGCCCCCGGCGGCGCCGCGCGCAUGCAGCUGAAGCGGAGGCUGUUCGAGCUCUCCCUCAGCGUCCUCAUGGAGACCAUCGCGCAGACCAAGACAUCCCGCACCGAGGCCAACGCCGACACGGACAUGUCGCCCGAGGCGCAGGAGUUCAAGCAGAUUAUCGACGAGCUCGUGCCGUACAUGGGAACGGCCAACCGGUGGGACUACCUGCCGGUGUUGCGUUGGUUCGACGUGAGGAACAAGAUCCUCGACGCUGUGAGCAGAAGGGACGCGUUCUUUAGGCGGCUCAUCGACGGGGAGCGGCGGAGGCUGGACGAUGGCAACCAUAGCGAAAAUAAGAGCAUGAUUGCAGUGCUCCUCAGUUUGCAGAAGUCUGAGCCCGAGGUCUACACUGACACUGUGAUCAUAGCUCUGUGCGCGAACCUAUUCGGAGCUGGAACAGAGACGACCUCGACCACAGUCGAAUGGGCGAUGUCGCUGCUGCUGAACAAUCCAGGUACACUCGAAAAGGCACGAGCUGAGAUCGACGCGGCCGUGGGGCGCUCCCGCUUGAUCAACGCGGGCGACCUGCCGCGUCUCGGCUACCUCAGGUGCAUCAACGCCGAGACGCUCCGCCUGUACCCGGCCGCUCCGCUGCUGCUCCCGCACAAGUCGUCCGCGGACUGCAAGGUCGUCGGCUACGACGUCCCGCGCGGCACGGCGCUGCUGGUGAACGUGUACGAGAUCCACAGGGACACGGCUGUGUGGGAGGAGCCGGGCAGGUUGGGCUGUUCGUGGCGCCGUUCGGGAUGGGGGGGCGCAAGUGUCCCGGAGAGGCGCUUGCGCUGCAGAAGGUUGGGUGGCGCUGGGGCCCGUGUCCCUGAUCUAGUGCUUCCACUGGAGCAGAGUCGACGGCGUGUCGGUUGA